ACUCUGCUGCCAUGUCCCUGGCUGGCGUGAAGUGCUUGGUGACGGGAGCCGGUGGAUUUCUCGGCCAAACGAUUGUUUGCCAGUUGCUGGGGGAAAACCUGGCUGAGGUUCGCGCCUUGGACAAAGCUUUCAGCUCAGAGACACUUCAGCGCUUUGCAGAUCUGAAGAGCACAACUCUCUUGACAAUCAUGAAAGGGGAUAUCCGGGACACGUCGUUCCUUCGGAAAGCUGUCCAUGGGAUCUCGCUCGUCAUACACUCCGCUUGCAUCAUUGACUUCUUGGGCGAGGUCGAGAAGCGCGUGUUGUGGGACAUCAACGUGGCAGGUACACAACUGCUGCUGGAAAUGUCCCUCCUCCACGACGUCAAAUACUUCAUCUACACCAGCAGCCUUGAAGUGACAGGCCCAAACCGCAAAGGUGACCCCAUAUACGACGGGGACGAAGACUCCAUCUACCAAGUCACCAACGGAUUUCCUUAUGCCGAAACGAAGAGAGAGGCGGAAAAGGCUGUGCUGGAGUUGGACGGGCUGCCGCUGAAGGACGGCAGCAGCUUCGUGACCUGCGCGCUGAGGUCCAUGUACCUCUACGGCGAAGGCAGUUCUUUCCUCCUGAAGCACGUCGACGAAGCCAUCUUAAACAACAAAGUCUUCUCGAGGAUGUCCCAAAAGGAGGCGCUCGUCAACCCGGUCUAUGUGGGGAACGCCGCUUGGGCUCACGUCCAAGCGGCCAAAGCCAUGAGGAAUCCGGAGAAAGGCAAGCAGAUCCGAGGACGCUUCUAUUACAUCGCGGAUGACACUCCCCAUUUCAGCUACGCAGACUUCAAUCACGAGCUGGCCAAGGAGCUGGGGUUCGGCGUAGAGCCCAAGCUAGCAAUGCCCCUGACGAUGCUUUACUGCUACGCUCUGCUCUUGGAGAUCGUGAGCUUCCUGCUCCGGCCUUUCGUCAGGUACGUCCCCAGCUUCAACCGCCACCUGUUGACUUUGCUGAACACCCCGUUCACCUUUUCCUUCAAGAAGGCGCAACGGGAUUUCGGCUACAAGCCCCGCUACAGCUGGGAAGAGGCCAAGCAGCGCACCGGCCGCUGGAUCGCUGAGGUGACCUUAGAGAGGGCCGCCUCCCUGAAAAGCAGGAAAGUCUAA